AUAAAACAAGCAAUAUCUUUUUGGAGGAAUUUGGAUGCGGUUGUGGGAACAGCCGGAUUUGUUGUUUAUUAAAAAAAUUAAUUUUCUUCAGUGGUAAUUAUUUCCAGAUAAAUUGGAUUAAUUUUUUAAGGAAAAUCCUAUGACGCGGAUUCCAAUUCCUAAAACCUAUCAAUAGACUUUCCCAUUCCAUUACGACCUACAUCAUUCUGUGGACUAGUAGUUGCUUUUCAUACAAGUUAGGGUUUCGACUUCGGGAUCGGAAAAGAUGGCUGCUGUAGUUAUGCGUCCUACUAAGGCAGAGCAAUUGGACUUCCUUCACCUGAGGCAGCAACUGAAAGAUCGCAUUCGCAUGAAGAAAUCAGGAGGCUCUGCUGCUGCUCACUUCUGCUCGGUUAGUAGUACUGCCGAUGAUAACAAGAAGAAAUUGCCUUUCGACAACUUCGGAUCCUUCUUCGGCCCAUCGGAACGUGUUAUGAUGAAGAGAGUGCGCGAGGAGAAGAAGGAUUUCAUGCCGGAGUUGAAGAAGUUGGCUUCUAGGGUUUUGAAUUCCGGCGACAAGUCUAAAGCCAGCGUAAAGAGUCCUGCCCCCUUGAGCACAGGCAUUGAAGUGUAAAAUGAUCAAGGAGUCCCGAGUUACUCCUUUCUGCAAUCGGACGGUGCAGAAAUUCCAAAGCCUUCAAAAGGAGGAGAGCCUGAAGAAGUUGGCAAAACCAAACCCUCCUCGGCAAAGUCUGAAUCUUCUUAAACAAUGCAAGGCUUGGAGCAAACAAAGCAAUGUAGCGCAAAACCAAAGCCGGAACAGAAAGAAUCUGUCUCAAAACAUCCGAUCAAAUAUCGCGUGGAGGAGAGUUCAGAGGAUGUGAUUGGCCAACCCAAACCCUCCUCGGCUAAGUCAGAAUCUUGUGCAAUAAGGCAAGGCUUGAAGCAAACAAAGCAAUCUGUUGAGCCGAAAAGCACAGCAAAGCCGAAGAAAUCCAUCUCAAAGAUGAUAGGAUCAGUGAAUUACCUCAGUGAAUUACUUGUUUACUCAUAAGCAUUUUAUUACUGUUAUGUUAAAUUGUCUAGGGUGAAAGUUUGUUAGGAGGAUGUCCAGCCGGCACCUUAGUGGGAGGUCAGGCCUUUAAAUGGAGCAAUAGCUCUCUCUCUCAUGUAAUGGUUAUGAA